CUAUCACUCAAUAGAGCGUGAUAGCGACAAUCCCACGCAACGAUGACCGCAAACAACCCCCAAGCAAACGGCAACAUGCCCAACCACCACGAACUCGACGGCCAUCAAGAAGACCACCCAAAUCACGACUUCACAAUCCCCUACGAACUCUUCUACACCAACCUCCACGACGACGAAGAAACCGAACAACACAAACGCCUCCGCGGCCAAACCCUCUCCAAACGUUCCAUCCGGCACUACAACCACGCCACCACAAAAUGGGGUUCCCUCCUCGAAAAUUUCUCCCCAAUGUGGUUCGCUCUCGUGAUCUCCUCUGGCGGAUUAGGCCUCCUCUUCGCCGGAACAUUCCCCUAUCGAGCCCACUGGCAAAUCAUAAUCGCCACGAUCCAAUACGUCCUCGAACUCGUUCUCUUUUUCACAUUCGGCGCAAUAUUAUUACUCAAAUGGAUAAUAUACCCCCACGUCGCAGUGCGAAAAGCGAUGAACGAUCCAGAUGAAUUAGGAGCUUAUGCUAUUCCGCCGAUUGCUUUGAUGACGAUUGGAGCGCUUACGGCUAGUCAAGUGAGUUUGGGACCUUGGGGUGGACAUGCUUUUACGAUUGUGGCGUAUGUUUUGUGGUGGAUUGGGAUGAUUUGGACGUUUUUGACUGCGGUUGUUGUUCUGACGACCCUCUUUUACACUGGAAAUCAGAGUUCCAGAACGAUGAGUCCUGUCCUCUUCAUGGCCCCCGUAGGACUCGCGACUGCUGCGACAGAAAGCGGAUUCAUCACAAUAUAUUCAAAGGAAAUGUCCGCGAGGAUGGCAGGACCGAUGCUAGUUGUUGGGUAUUUUGCUGGAGGUGUGGCGUUGUUCAUGGCGAUUAUACUGUAUACGAUAUAUUUCCAUCGAUUAUUGGCUGCGGGUUUCUCGCCUCCGGCGAAGAGACCUGGUUUGGUGAUUUUGAUUGGACCGGCUGGACAGCUUGCUACGGCAUUUCAGAUGAUGGGACAAUCUGCGGCGGGAUAUAAUCGUUUCGCGGAGUACAAGCAUACGGCGUUGCAGCCACCUACUUAUGGGACUUUUUGGACGGCACAGACGGCGCAGGGACUACAAGGAAGUGGGAUCUUCUUUGCGUUGCUUAUACUUGGAUUUGGGUAUUUGAUGCUUUUUCUUGCGAUUGUGGGUGUGGUUGAUGUUUUUGUGAAGAGGCAGGUCAAGUAUAGUUUGACAUGGUGGGCUCUGGUGUUUCCUUCUGUGACUAUUACGACUGCGUGGAUGGAAUUGGCGAGUUCGAUGGAUUCGCCUGCAUUCCGGGGCCUGGUCUGCGCUAUGACGGUGCUGUUAUACGUGGUUUAUUUCAUCAAUUGGGGAUUUACGAUUUGGGGAAUUGUGGAUGGAAGUUUGAUUUUUGGAAAGACGCAUUUGGAGACGGAGAUGGAAUUAAUGGCGAAGGCACAGGGCCAGAGGAAGAAGGAGGAUAUUUAG